UUGUCUGCGUAGUUACUUCAGAAAGGAAAAGGCACGAAAAUUUAUAAUUAUCUAAGCCAUUUACAAGAUUAAUCACGUUAGAUAUUUAAAGCUCGAAGCAGAUAUACAUACCAAACGAAAUAUGGAUGAAGACAUUCCAGCAACGUUUUUAUGCAGCCUCAUAGGUCAUAAGGUACAUGUUAAAAGUAAGUGGGGGCCAGUCUAUUCAGGUACACUUGUAAGCUGCGAUGCGUACAUGAACUUGCAGCUAUCCGACGCGGUGGAGUCGGCGAAGGAGGAGACCACCCUGGGGGAAAUGCUACUCCGGAACAAUAAUAUCCUCUACAUAAGAGAAGUACCUAACGCGUGAUAGAAGCGAUAAGAAAAAGAUAUAUGCCGAUCAUGUCUAACUCGUGUGUGGUGUAGACCACUUCCGUUUGCGUGUUUCCACCGUCCCCCUACCCAACGCCAGUGUAAUGAAAGGCGGUAUUUUAAAAAAAGAAAAUGUUGACUGUGAUUCUAAUCUUUCUCCCUCCCUCCUUGUGUGGGUUUCCCUUUAA